UCGCAAAACUAUUUCCUCAUCUUCCUGCCCUGGCUCAGCUAGCCGUGGAGGCCUAACAGAGGAAGUCAGCUCGAGUGUUCAACGGGAGUCCUCUCCGGGCAGUUGUAGGUCCAGGCCAGGGAGACCGUUUCCCUCCGUCUCUGUGACACCAGGGCUGAAAAACUCACCCUGAAAGGAGGGCAGGAAGAUGAUGAGACAAGAAGGCUCUAGCAGUGAGAAUAAUCGGACACCAUCUUCCAAACCAUCUUCAGGCCGCUGGCCCCUAUCGAAAAAAUAUACUAUCAUAUCAAUUGGGGGGACAGGGGUCGUCGUUGUGGUUGUGGUGAUUGUCCUGGGAGUGACUUUGGGAGGUAAGGGAGGAGGGGAGAAAACUCUGGAUCCACAAAGGCUCCCUGGAACGACUCGGGCACCUUGUCAACUUUAUUGUUCAGAACACUGGAAGUUAGUGGAAAUGAAGUGCUUCUCACUGUCCUCUGAAACCAGGGACUGGGACUCCAGCCAGGAGAACUGUAAAGGACAUAAGGCUACUCUUGCUGUGGUUUCCCAAAAACAACUGGAAAUCCUGACAAAAGGCGUGGGCAACUCUGACUACUGGAUUGGGCUGAAAAAGAAAUUUGAUCAAUGGAAAUGGGACGAUAACACCACAUUCAACAAGGAGUUCAACAUCCGGGGAGCUGGGAACUGUGCCUACUUGGAUUCCAGCAGCGUCAACAGUGCUGGCUGCAGCCAGCCCAGAAGGUGGAUUUGCUCGAGGAAUCUCACUUGUCUGUAGAGCUGAGAAAAUGCUCCAUCGUGGGACGUGCAUGUUAAACAUUGUAGAAGGAAGGUUCUGAAGAGGGACAUGAGGCUCAUCUCCUUUGCUCGCGGACACUAUGAGGCGCCAGGGACAUGACUCUUGGGUCUCCUCCCGCGUGAGAGCAGCUGCAGAUUUUCCCUCUCAGGUCCCGUGUCCACGAUGUUCUUUCAUUUGCAAAAUUUCCCCCUUUCCUGCUUGGGGCAAGGAGAAGUCCCUUCCUCUCAUGGACCCUCCUUGCCCCCCACCCCUUCACCUCAAUUCACUGCAAUCAUGGAAGUGAGGAUGCAACAGGUGGGGCAGGCUGCUGUAGCUAUCUGCAUUUAAUAAUGAUGUUAUUUAUUAUACUCUUUCUAGGUGUAAAGCACCAUGCUAAACGCUAAGGGAGAUACCAAAUAAUCAAAUCAGAUACAGUCCUUCUCCCAUGUCAGGCUCACAGUCUAAGACAGAAGGAGAACAUUUAUUUCAUCCCUAUUUUAUACAUGUGAAAACUGAGGCAUGGAGAAGUUAGGUGACCAGCCCAAGGUCACACGGCAGGCAAGUGGCUGAGCUGUGUUUACAAUCCAGGUCUCCUGACUUCCAGUCUGGUGCUCUUUACAUUAGAUCACACUGUCUUCCCACCUGACCAUUGCUAGCCUCAGCUCUUCCCCAUCUUGCGGAGAUCCAGUGGGCAGACAGACUGGUAACUGACCCGCUGGGCACUAGAUGCUGACACAUUCACACGGUCACAGAGUGACAGACUCCCAGAGGCCCCGAGCAGUACUAAUGAACUACACUGAAAACCUCCCACAUAAGCUAGAGAUGUGUAGCAAACCUCCCUCACUGGAAAUAGGUUGGGUGGGACCUGGAGCCUAUUUCCUCACUGCACUUGGAAAGCAACAAAUAUUUAAAUCAACUAGUUGGCAGCAUCUGGCAGAGAUGAAGAAUUAACUGUCAAACCCAAAAUAAACUCACAAAUCCUCCUUAA